AUGCUACCUGCUCUGCGCGUGGGAGAGCUGUGUUCGGUGAAGGAGGACAGUGAACGGAAAGCUUCCAGGAGGCUCUUGCAACAGCAGCAGCCCCUUGCCCAAUUUUCAACAGGGAAGUUGACAGCUGAGGGAAGUCGGGACCAACAAGGUCAAAAUACCGGCUCACCUCAUUUACCACCUGCAGAUGAAAGUCAUCACAAGAGAAGGCCAAGAGAGAAACAUUUCAGGUUGAUUGACACAGACCGGCCCGGGACGCAGGGCAGCGCCGGCGGGAGGCGGUCUGAGCCCGAGCUGGACCCCCGCAGCCAGGGAGCCGCGGUGCUGCUCUCAGGAACGGCGGCACUGCCCAUUCCUACCUCCGCUACGGUCCGAGGUGGCAGCAAGAAUAAUGAGCCCAUCAAACGGGCAAAUGAAAAGAACAAUCCUUCGGAAACCGAGGAGGGGUCUGUACACCCCUUCCCCCGAAUAAAAGCCGCCGCCGCCGCCGUUACUAUAGAGACCUCCCCCCAAACCGUCUCUGCAGAGGCGCCGCCGCUGCCGGAGCAGCCGGGACUCGCCGCACAAAGGGGGCCCGAGGGUUGGGGGAGCAGGGGCAACACCCGCCGAGGUCGCCCGCUGCAAACUUGGAAAGGCUUGGCCGCCCCCGCCUCCGCCCCCCUGCGGCGCCCGCCCUGGACCUGGACUCACCCCCGGCUCCCGGCGCGCCGGCGGCUACCGAGCGCGGACCCACUAACUGACGGACGGACAGACGGACGGACCGCGGCGCCUGGAGCAGGAACAGCCGCCGCAGGAGCCGGCGGGCGGCGGAGGCGCUGCCGCGGCCCCGCUACGUCACAAUGCGGCCGGGCCUCCGGCGCCGCUCCCCGAGCCCCCCAAAGGGCGCGCGCAGGCGGGGGUGGCCCCCGGGGAGGGAUGACUCGGAGAAGUUCACUCGGCAAAGCCACUGAGGGCCACACGCUUGCUCCAGGAGGUGGCUGCUUGCCUGCUGCUGCCUCCGAGGAAAGCGCGAGGAAGCAAGUUCUCUGGGCUGUCUGUUCAGGGGCAUCCUACCCACUUGCCAGCUCCAGAAGACAACAGUGA